AUGCGAUUUCUUCGAGGAAGUUUCUCUGUUUGGAUAGUAUUCCUCACUCAAUGGGUGUCAGCAGCUACUGUCUUCUUCCCUAUUACCUUGACAUGGUCUAAUCGAACAGUUGCUAGUGUCACUAGGCCAGUGAUCUUGGUGAAUGGGCAAUUUCCUGGCCCGCCGUUGAAACUAAAUCAGGGUGAUAAUGUUCGAUUUUUGGUUGAUAAUAGAUGUCCGUUCAACACGACUGUGCACUUCCAUGGAAUUGAACAGUUAGGAACUCCGUGGUCCGACGGUGUUCCUGGUGUCUCUCAGAGAUCCAUCGUUCCAAACAGCUCAUUUCUUUACCGAUGGACGGCGAAUGAUUAUGGCGCAUACUGGUACCACGCGCAUCACCGCGGAUCUCUUGAGGAUGGGCUCUUCGGACCUAUAUACAUUACCCCAAGGUCUUCAGUACAAAGACCUUUUAGUCUGAUCUCUAACAGCAGUGGGCAAUUAAACGCCAUGCUUGCUGCCGAGAGGGCGACUCGCCCUGUGCUGCUCUCGGAUUGGCGCUCCCUCACGUCAGAGCAGAUAUGGAAUACCGAGGUGGCAUCUGGAGUUGACUCAUGGUGUGCGAAUGCCCUGCUCAUCAACGGAAAAGGCUCUGUGACGUGUUUGCCUCGCGACCAAAUCAAUGCUUUGACGACUCCUGCUCAGCGAGGUGUGCUGGGGCCAAAUCAGAACCUUACCGACAUGGCAUGUUGGCCUGCCAAUGUCCUUGAUGCAACGUUCAACUUUCCCCACAAUUACAACGCCGUCCUACCAACCAUGUUUGAAGGCUGUGUCCCAUCUCGCGGUCCUCAAGAGAUCUUGAAUGUGAGUUCAGGAGACCAGUUUGUGAGUUGGGAUUUGACCAGUACAUCUGGCGUACUGCAAACGACAUUCUCGAUCGAUGAGCAUGUCAUGUGGGUAUAUGCCAUCGAUGGACGAUAUAUUCGACCAGUACAAGUCAACGCGCUCACCAUCCCCAACUCAAACCGAUACUCGGUCCUCGUCCCGCUCAAUCAGCCCAGAGGAGAUUAUACAGUGCGCACCGUCAGCGCCAGCGUACAGCAAAUUCUCAACACAACUGCCAUCAUGCGGUACCAGGGCAGUCCCCAGCUCAAUCGACCCUCCAACCCUUGGAUAACCAUCAACAACCUCAACGCGACGACAAACACGAUUUUCCUGAACGAGUCCUCCGUUGUUCCAUUCCCUGUCCUCGUACCAUCAAACAACGUCGACCAAACCUUCCUGCUUCACGUUAGUCAAGUAGGUAAUGCCUACCGCUGGCGACUCGGCAACACAAGCUACGGCCUCGAGCUAGAAGAGUCACAGCCGCUACUCUUCAACCAGACCUCUAUUCCCAGCGAUUUGAUCAUUCGAACCAGAAACAAUACCUGGGUUGACCUGAUCAUCCAAGUUGACACGAUUCUGCAGCCCGCACACCCUAUCCACAAGCACUCGAACAAACACUUCAUCAUUGGCCAGGGCAAUGGAACCUUCAGCUGGAAUACUGUUGCGGAGGCUGUACAGGCGGUUCCCGGCAACUUCAAUCUGCUGACGCCGCAGUAUCGGGAUACAUCAAAUACGCCGGUGCCGAUAACAGGCCCCACGUGGCUGGCCCUGCGGUAUCAUGUUGUUAACCCGGGUGCAUUCUUGAUGCAUUGUCAUAUCCAGGUCCACCAGAGCGGCGGUAUGGUUUUGGCGAUGUUGGAUGGAGUCGAUGCUUGGCCGACCAUUCCACCCAGUUAUUUAAAUAAUUCUGGAUUCUGA